GAAGAGGAAGGUUGCGAGAGACGUGGUGGGGUCUGCGUGCAACUCUUUCGCUCUUUUCAGCUCCUCCUGGUAUUCCCCUCCUAUCUUGGGUCUUUUACAGGGCUUCAUUUGUGGCUUCCUGCUCGACCUCCCUGAGUCUGAUCCUGGUUUCCAUCUCCAGCCCUGGGAAAUCUCCUUUCUUCGGACUCACACUCCCCACCCAGGCUUUGGACUUUCACCACUGUUUCUCUCUCCUGGCCUGUGAUUACCCACUCCCAUCCCCACCCCGCCUCGCCGCGCAACUACCUCCUCCACCUGGACUGGGACCAUCAUCCUUCCUCCACUCCGCCCAGUCUCCACCUGCCUCCUCCCCCAGUCCCACGCUAAUCUCUGCUUGGUCUCUUCCACUUUGGCGUAAUCUCGCCUCGGCUUACUGGCGACGGACACUCACAAGUUUACCCAAACCCCCAGUUCCUGGAUGGAUUCCCGCCAUCCCUGUCCCCUCUUUAAUUAGCCAGUCCUCUCAAUAAUGUAGCAGCCCCCUCUACAGAUUAGACCCUGGUCCUACACUCUUAGCCGCUGCCUGCUUUUGACCUUUGGCUCAUGGGUACUUGACGUUUUAAGCUCUUAGGUCCAGUAUGAGGAGGAGCUUAGCUCCCAGCCAGCUGGCCAAGAGAAAACCGGAAGGCAGGUCAUCUGAUGAGGACUGGCAACCUGGCCUGGUGACUCCUAGGAAACGGAAAUCCAGCAGUGAGACCCGGAUCCAGGAGUGUUUCCUGUCUCCUUUUCGGAAACCUUUGAGUCAGCUAACUAAUCAACCACCUUGUCUGGAUAGCAGUCAGCAUGAAGCAUUUAUUCGAAGCAUUUUGUCGAAGCCAUUCAAAGUCCCCAUUCCAAAUUAUCAAGGUCCUCUGGGCUCUCGGGCAUUGGGCCUGAAAAGGGCUGGGGUCCGCCGGGCCCUCCAUGAUCCCCUGGAGAAAGAUGCCUUGGUUCUGUAUGAGCCUCCCCCACUGAGCGCCCAUGACCAGCUGAAGCUCCACAAGGAGAAAUUCCCUGUCCAUGUGGUUCUCAGUAAGGUUUUGCGGCCUCAUCAGAGAGAGGGAGUGAAAUUCCUGUGGGAGUGUGUCACCAGUCGGCGCAUCCCUGGCAGCCAUGGCUGCAUCAUGGCUGAUGAGAUGGGCCUGGGAAAGAUGCUGCAGUGCAUCACAUUGAUGUGGACACUUUUGUGCCAGAGUCCAGAGUGCAAGCCAGAAAUUGACAAGGCAGUAGUGGUGUCACCCUCCAGCCUGGUGAAAAACUGGUACAAUGAGGUUGGGAAAUGGCUCGGAGGGAGGAUCCAACCUCUGGCCAUCGAUGGAGGAUGUAAGGACAACAUAGACCAAAAGCUGGAAGGAUUCAUGAACCAGCGUGGAGCCAGAGUGCCUUCUCCCAUUCUUAUCGAUUCCUAUGAGACCUUCCGCCUUCAUGUUGGAGUCCUCCAGAAAGGAAGUGUUGGUUUGGUCAUAUGUGACGAGGGACACAGGCUCAAGAACUCUGAGAAUCAGACUUAUCAAGCCCUGGACAGCUUGAACACUAGCCGGUGGGUGCUCAUCUGAACCCCCAUCCAGAAUGAUCUGCUUGAGUAUUUCAGCUUGGUACAUUUUGUUAAUUCUGGCAUCCUAGGGACUGCCCAGGAAUUCAAGAAGCAUUUUGAAUUGCCAAUUUUGAAGGGUCGAGAUGCUGCUGCUAGUGAGGCAGACAGGCAGCUAGGAGAGGAGCGGCUGCGGGAGCUCACCAGCAUUGUGAAUAGAUGCCUGAUAAGGAGGACAUCAGAUAUCCUUUCUAAACAUCUGCCUGUGAAGAUUGAGCAGGUCGUUUGUUGCAGGCUGACACCCCUUCAGACUGAGUUAUAUAAGAGGUUUCUGAGACAAGCGAAGCCGGCAGAAGAAUUGCAUGAGGGCAAGAUGAGUGUGUCUUCUCUUUCUUCUAUCACCUCACUAAAGAAGCUUUGUAAUCAUCCAGCUCUAAUCCAUGAUAAGUGUGUGGAAGGGGAGGAUGGCUUUGAGGGUGCCUUGGACCUCUUCCCUCCUGGUUACAGCUCUAAGGCCCUGGAGCCACAGCUGUCAGGAAAGAUGCUGGUCCUGGAUUACAUUCUGGCGGUGACCCGAAGCUGUAGCAGUGACAAAGUCGUGCUGGUGUCGAAUUACGCCCAGACUUUGGAUCUCUUUGAGAAGUUGUGCCGGGCCCGAAGGUACUUAUAUGUCCGCCUGGAUGGCACGAUGUCCAUUAAGAAGCGAGCCAAGGUUGUAGAACCCUUCAAUAGUCCAUCGGUUGCACUGCCGACGCUGUGUCAACAGCCGCCAGAUUCGGCCACCCCCUGAUGGUUCUGACUGCACUUCAGACCUGGCUCAGUGGAACCACUGCACUGAUAAGCGGGGGCUCCAGGAUGAGGUACUCCAGGCUGCCUGGGAUGCUGCCUCCACUGCCGUCACCUUCGUCUUCCACCAGCGUUCUCAUGAGGAGCAGCGAGGGCUCCGCUGAUAACCAGCUGGUCUGGGUGUACCUCUUAGAGGAAGGAGAUAGGGAAAAGGGGCUCCUUGCCCCAAAGGGCCCUGUUGAAUUUUUGUUCUCUGGGAGAAAAUCAUCAAGAAGGGCUGCAUGAUGUUUGCCCAAAAUUUAUUUUAUAAGAAAAACUUUUUUGGUUAAAAAAAAGAAUAAAGGUAUGAAAGGG